AUGUCUGAUGUGGAGGAACAAGAUGAAGGUUAUUUCAACAAUGAUUCGGAUAAAGAAGACAUUACCUUCAAUUAUUCCGAUUAUAUUUAUAGCCCUGGGGAAGAAGACGACAUGCUCUUUGCGGGAAAUGUUUCCCAGAAUGUUGAACUCGAUGUGGGGAAUUUGUUGGAAGCAGCAGAUGAAUCUGACAAUUCUGAAUAUGCACCCUCAGAUGACAUUCGAAGCAUUCAUUCUGAUAGUGAUGAAGUUGUUACAUACCCAGAAUUUGAAGGUGAUGUAGAUAUGGUGGAUCCCGUGCUUGAGGUAGGACUGAAGUUUAGGUUGAAAAAGGAGUUAAAGGUUGUGGUUAAAAACUUCAGCAUUGCUAAUAGGUUUGAGGUGCACUUCCCAUAUAAUGAUAGACACAGAUUAGACGAUCGUUGCAAAGAUAAAAAGUGUCCAUGGCGUAUUUGGGCUUCGCCGUUGGAGGAAGAUUCCGCAUGGCAGAUUAAGUCGUUCGAAUGGAAUCAUACUUGUAGUAGAGCAUUCAAUAAUAUAAGUGUAUUCGCCAGUUGGUUAGCCCAUACGUACAUUGAGACCUAUACUAUUGCGCUAAAGUGGGAUGUGAAAUUGUUUAAGACAACUGUUUUGAAAGAGCAUGGUGUAGAGAUUAGCGACGCAAAGGCGUGGAGGGCUAGGAGAUACGCUAAAGGGUUGCUUGGAGGAUCGCUAGUUGGGCAAUUUCUUUUGUUGGAUUUGUAUGCAGCUGAGGUUAGGAGAACAAACCCAAGAUCAAUCGUUAUUCUAUCUUUAGACGAGCUUGUGUUUAAGGCAAUUUAUGUUUGCUUUGAUGCUUGCAAAAAGGGCUUCUUAGGUGGUUGUAGACCCGUUAUUUGCAUAGAUGGGUGCUUCUUGAAAGGUAAUUUUGGUGAUCAGUUACUUGCUUUGGUGGGUAUUGAUGGGAAAGAUUGUAUAUUCCCAAUUGCGCAUGCCAUUGUCGAAACUGAAAGUAAUGCUAGUUGGUCAUGGUUCUUGAAACUAUUGGGGGAAGAUUUGAUGCUCGAAAAUGCAUAUGGAGUCAUAAUUAUGUCUGACAGACAAAAAGGGUCGGACAAUAUGGUGUCCGAGUUGUUUCCAAUGGCUAAGUAUCGAUUUUGUGUAAGGCAUAUGUACUCCAACUUCUUUCGCAAAGACUUUAAAUCGUUGACACUUAGGGAUUUGUUGUGGAGAGCAGCUAAGUCCACUUAUUUGGCUGAGUUCACAGGUUGGAUGGACAAGAUUAAGGAAGAGAAGAAACCUGCCUGGGAGUGGUUAUGUGCUAAACCGGCUGAGCAAUGGUCUAAGUCCCACUUCAUGACGGCUUCCAAAUGUGACAUUUUAUUAAACAAUCUCUACGAAUGCUUUAACAACUACAUAAAGGAAGCAAAGGGGAAGGAUAUUUUGACUCUCCUUCAGUCAAUUCAAAACAAGGUGAUGGUGCGGAUGUACAAAUGCCAUGAUUUCAUGGCAAGGAGUUCGAGCGAUAUAUGUCCAAAAAUUUUAAAGAAACUUGAAAGUAGUAUACGUGAUUCAUUUUCAUGGAAAGCAAUAUUCAAUGGGAAAAUGCAAUUUCAAGUUUCUGGACCGUAUUCCGAUGGUCAGUUUGUGGUAGAUUUACAAACAGGACAUGCUCAUGUAGAAAAGUGA